GUUGACAAUUCAAAGUCAACUCUUUUGAGCCUGCACGGAUUUUAGUGCUGCAGGAAAAUGAAUUUGGGUUUGUUUUGUACACAUUUUUGCAAUCCGCUUCAGUCGUAAGCACCAUGCGGUGAUUUUGAACGUUUUCUCGGCUUUUUAAAUAUCACGUGAACAGCGAAAUGCCGUCGACACAACGAACUUUUUAGCCAGCUCGGCUAAUUAGCAGAGCCGCUAGCUGCGUGUUGCUACACAGACAUGUUUACCAGCGUACCGCCAGAACAUGAACAGAGGGGCGACAAAAUUAAGACUGAGCCCCAACGAGGAGGCUCAAUUGAUACGCGAGGAAAAGGAAAGGAGGAGGAAACUGCGACUACAACAGGUCCGUGAGCAGCAGAAACUCAUCGCCUUGCAGAUGCGCCAGAAUGUGGAGCAGAGGCGACUCAGUGAGUUGGAGCAGCUGGAAGAGGAGCUGAGGGAGGAAUGGGAGCGAGAGCGGAGCGACAAACUACUCGCGCUGCAGGCGCUUUACGAGCAGAGUCUCCAACUCGUCGGCCAAGGACAGAGGAUGGCCAAAGAAAAUGAACCUGACAUAGUGGCCAUAGCGCAGAAGGAAGCGGAGGAUCACGCGAAAGCCGCAGAGCGCUUUAGAGGAGCCCUCAGUGAGCUAAAAUCACAGAGGCUCAAAGAAAGAGAGAUACAAAACCAAACAAUCAAUGCUAGAAAGAAGGCACUGCAGGAGGAGAAGAAGAGAUCAGCAAAAGUGGCCAGCCUGCCUGCGCCUCAGCCACGCACAGUUCUGGAUAUUGUUCCAGAGAGACCGCAUGUAGGAAAUAAGUCCGGCGUAAGUGCCUUUGCCUCCACACGCUACCACAGGCCCAUAGCCACAGUUGACAGGGAGGAGGACGCACAGCAGACAAACGCCAGCCGGGAAGCUGAGCUGGCAAUGAGGAAGCUGCAAGACUCCCAAAGGGACUAUGAGAGGAAGAGAGCGGAGCAGCAGGAGAAGGCCCGUCUCAGAGGGAAAUCUGCUCUGAGGAAGGAGCAUCGUUUGCUGGAUAAUAAGCGCUUACUUUUGGACAUGAAGCGCUUGAGCCAAGUGAACAAUCAGAGGAAGCAGCAGCAGGUGUCCCAGAUGCCAAAUCAGAUCUUCCAGCCUCCCUACAAGAUACAGGAGAUGAAGGAUGACUUCCAGAAGCAGAUGGAGUUUGCCUUCGAGGACAUGUACACUAAGGAAAGGAAAAUCAAAGGUGACCUGGUGGGCGAGCUGGUACCUGAACCCCUUCCAGAGGUCUCCACAAGCGAUCAGGACCAUGAGCUGGAUGUCAUGUUAGAAGAGCCCACCACAUCAGAACCAGGAGACCAGCAAGUGGACCGAAAAGACGCAGUACAAAGUGCUCAAGCGGAGGAACCUGCCUGUGUGGAGCCCCCGAGACAUGAUCCCAAACAGCCCCUGAAGAAGCUCCUCAAUCGCAUCAGGAACCAGAGGAACCGACCCACUCGCCACGGCAGUCGCGUUCCUGCAUCACAUUCACCGAGCACCGUUGUCACUCAGGUCCCAGUGAGGGACACCACUGUCUGGUCGCAAGUGGUCCCAGAGCGGGAUACUGCAAACCUACAGCAGGUGCCAAGGAGGGACACAAUCACUGAGUCAGAGGUAGGCUCAGAGCGAACCACGACCAUCGACACAGGUUCUCUGAGCAGCCAACCUCUGCUGGUUGAACCCCAAAAACCCACUAAGCUCCCAUCAUCAGCAUCAUCAGUGGAGCCAACAGGCCAGUCAAUUCCAGCAGACGGUCAACGCCCAGAUGAGCGUUCCACCAAAAUCAUGGACUUUGAAGAGGAGCGACAGCUAAGGCAGAUGGAGCUGGAAAUGGAGAAGCAGCAGCAGCUGGCCUUGCUCAAAGAGCUGGAUGACCAGAGGGCUCAACUGGAGCAGCUGCUGUUGCUUGAGGCACAGCAGGAGGUACCGCUCCAUGUCCAGGAGACCCACGGUCCGGAGCUUCCUGUUGCUGAUGAAGACAAGCACGCCAGAAGAAUCAGAGACUAUCAAAAGCGCCUCCUGGAGCAAAACAGAACUCACAAGAGGUCGGUGGAAGUGGCUCGACAGCGCCUGGAGGAAUACCAGCACGCUCUUCAAAUGCAUCACAACAUGGCCGCCGUGUCUCUGCCGCCCGCUGUGGUGCCCCAAGGCACCCUUCACCCAUCAAUGCCUAGUACUCAGCAUGCACGUGUUCCAACUCCUCCCUUGCUUCCUGCUGCCUCUGCAGUGCCAGCCCGCAUCCAUGAUGGCCCUCAGACUGCUGUCAAAGUUGCCUCAAGACGGUCCGCUGGUCCAGCCUUGCCUCCCAGUCUUCCCUCAUCCAGUUCCAGCUUCCUGCCCGGGGAAGUGGCGUCAAGUUCAAACAGUUCCAGGAACCAGACGCUGGAUGCCAAUGCCCUGCUGAGUAGUAGUGUGGUUCCUUCUCAAUCGGUCACCAGAGAAUUGAUUCCUCCUCCAGCAGUCACUAGGGAGAUUUUUCCUCCUCAAAUGAUCACCAGAGAGCCACGUCCUCCCAAACAAGUCACCAGAGAAUUGCUUCCUCCUCAAGCGGUCACCACAGAGUCCGUCACCACCGCCAGCAUUCCGUUCCAGAAAGCCACUGGUCCCAUCCCAACUGUCACAGAGAGUGGUCCUCCGCUUGCGAGCUUGCCAAGGUCUGAAUCCCCGGCAGAUGACAUCUCAGAGCGGCCGAGACGUGGAGAGGUCCAGAGGGCUCCUCACGAGAGGCCACAGGUUGAAGAGGAGAGUCUGGACAAGCUGGGACAAAGACAGGAAGACAACCUGGAGCUCCUGAGGCAGCAAAAAGAGACCUUGCAGGCUCUGAUUAAAGUGGAGGCACAACCCCCCAGUGAGGUCUUGCCACCAGAGGAUACUGGUCAAACUCGCAUCAAACUACUUGCGUCCCUGCUCAAAGCCAUAGAAAAGUCUAACAGAGAGUCAUCACCCCCCAAGGAGGAAGAAGGCCCACAACACCAAGCCCCAUCCACCAUUGAGACGGCCAUGCUCCCUCCUACUCGAGCAGCCAAGCCCCCGGUGACUCGGGUCCGGCUUGGUACGACCAUGAAGGAACAGCAUGAGCUCAGUGUGAUUCAAGAAGUGGAGACUCCAAUCAACACCAGCCAGGUCGCAGACCCGGAGGAUGUUUUCUCUGUACCACAACACACCAUCGACUGGUCUCUGCAGUCCUCUGUGGCCACCGAGCACACGUUACAGACCCCCUCCACAUCUAGCAGCGGGCAGCAGUCUGCUGAAAGACCAGCCAGCGUGGAGAUGGGUUCGACAGGGUCCCGCCUACACCUCAGUCGGCAGAGACUGCCGAUGGGGACGGGAGAAACCCCAGACUCCUCUGAGCAUGGUUCACACCACCACAUCUCAUCCGACUCUGGGUGGGGGGCCGACUACUUGGGUCCAGAGCUCACAACCCAGGGCUCCCCAGCAGAUGAUGGCACGCCACCUGGGGACGCAACUCUGCUGUCUGCACAUGGACCUCCUGAUCCGGACUCCUUCUCCACUACCCUGUCCACUGGGAGCUACAUCACCAGUGAACCUGAGGCCAAUGCAGCUAAAUCACCGGCCCUCAGCACCAUGGAGCCUAGACUUGGAUCGCAUUUCCUCGGCACCUCCUCCCUGUUGAGUCCGCACUCCUCGAUGAGUGACAGCCCCGCUGCUGGACCGUCCCACACGUCUCAACUGGCCUUUCUGUUCAGGGACAGCAACGUCCAGCGCAUCAUUGACAGAUACACCAAAGAACUUGACGUCUCUUUCAGCACUGCUGACAGUGAAGGCUCUGGUUUGGUGGAGCACCCCUCUUCGGUUUCCCAGCAGUCUUUGCAUCAAGUCACUGAGAGGCGAGGCGAGGAUGAUGAAGCAUCUCAAGCUGCCCACACAAGUGACCUGAGCGUCAAGCCAAUCCUGGAGGAGCUCUCAGUCAUCGAGGGCCAGGACUCGUUCAGACCUCUGAUUGGUCAGCUGGAUCAAUCAUCCUGCCUCGUUGCUGAUCACAAAGACGCCGCCAUGGAGCAGCUGGUGGGUCAACCGACGGCUCACUCGUCCAUGAUUGGUCCGUUGCUCGGUCUUUCGUCUGGCAUUGGUCAGAGUGGAUGGGGCUUCACUGCGGGUCGCCAAGUCUCCCAACAGUCGAGCGACCGCUGGCUGAGAAGCGAGCAGGGCUUGUUGGCCAAUCAGCUGACUUCUCAGACCCAACAGUCCAUCUCAUGGUUAGACGUGUGUCCAGAGAGCACUAUGAGACCGCUGGUCGGGGAGUUGGAUGUGUCCUCUGGCCAGCACAGCAGCAGCUCAGGUGAAAGAACCUACACGGAUCUUGGUGCCUUGACUGAGCCCACUGUGCCGUCUUACCCAUCAUUACCUCCUGAAGCCCCCUCUCUCAGUACUUCUGUGCCGGGUCUGAAUCCCUUACUGCAGAACCAGCCAAGUGCAAUAGAAGCAGGCUCACAGCACAAUGAAGACACGGCAAACUCCUCUGAGGGACAGCUGUCGAGCGGAGAGCUCAGCGUUUCCACACAUUCCGACUUCCGAUCUCACGAUGGUGAAUCGGACAGCGAGCGGUCUACCGAGAGCUUGAGAGCAGAAGACUCCUCCUGCCACGAAGCAACCUCACUGCUUGUGGUGUCUGCACUCAUGUCACCUACUGCACAGCUAUCGCAUUCAUCCGCCAGCGACACUUUGUCCGCAUGCAGCAUCCUGCUACAAGACGUGGAGCAGCCUGAAGCUUCAGUUCCAUGUUGUGACCUGCCCCCCGAAGAGCCAAAGCAUGAUCAGAGUUUGAACUUGAUGGACAUCACCACUAAGCUACUGGAAGCCACCAAUGAGAAGGGCAUCCUGGAGCAGUCCCAAAUAACACUGCUGAGUUUGACAGACACCACGCUGCAGGACAGCAUCGUGUCUGAGGAAGAGGGAAUGUGGGAGGAGGCUUUGACAAAGGAAAGACAGAAAGGCCAACAGUCAGAAGUCACAAUAGAGGAAUCCUCUAUUGAGCCCUUCGACGUCCACAGUCCAACACACGCAGGUACGCUCCUUGAGUUCAACUGGGGUCCCAGCAGAGACCUGCAGGGGGUCUUGGAGCAGAAGCGUAACGCUCUGCUUGAAAGGUCAACCCGCCGGGUGGAGGAGCUCAAAGCCAAAGCUGCUCUUGUCAGGACUGGGCAACACAGCAAAGCUGCGGUGGAACUUGGAGUGCGCUCUGAGGAACAGCCUCCAGUUUUAUGCAAAGCCAAGAUUCGGCGAGAAGUUCAGCAUGACACCAAGUCAAAUACAGCAAGGUCAACUUUGAGCAAGCAACAAAAGCCCCAACCUCAAGCAGUGAGCAUGUCGAUGCUCCACAACCCAGCUCAAGUCAAAAAAGGCAAACAAGACCUCUCGGAGAUGCACAGGCGAACUCAGAGACUGUACGAGCAGCUGGAGGAGGUCAAGCAGCAGCAGGACAUCAGGAGCAGACAAGAGGCUUACGCCAACAACCGAGAGAAGGCCAAGGCAUUCCACAUGAAAACCCUACAGAAGCUUCGUGCCAAGCAGACUCGGCGCUGAUCGACCCAAUGGGUGUUUUUAAUUUAUAAUUUUAUCAAUAAAGCUUUUAAAUUAUUCUGAUAAAGUUGUCUUACCUUCCAUGCAGCUGACAUACAUGCUGGCAGUCAAUAGUCAGGAAAUGUAACUUUCAAAAUCUUUUAAUAGAUUAAUAAGCAUUCACAUGUAUUUUACAACAAUGAAGAUGAAAAUCAAUACACUUGAUUAAUUAAGUCAGGCUACUGAAUUUGGCUCAUCUUUGUCCGAAGUGCACUUUGCAUCUAUGUGAAACUUUGACAUCCUGCUGCUUUACUUACUGUGUGUUA